AUGGUUCGAAACAUUAAUGAAGUCUGGGCUAAAGGUAGUAUUGGUGAAUCAAUUUUGCGAACACUGUUCCGGAAAUUCCGCUCUGGUGAUUUCGAUCUCGAAGAUAAGGGAGGCUGCGAACGUCCCGGUGAACUUGACAACGAUUUGAAGGCACUAGUGGAAGCACACACGCGAACGUUAUCACCACAAUUCGCCACUCUUUUGUUUCAGUACGUCAGGCAACUUCAUCCUGCUGCACUUUGUGUACUAGGCGACAUCACCAGUGGUAACGACACACAUAGAGAAGUGAUUGUCUCACACCCACAACUUUACGACAUUUUGUUCCUGUUCGAAGAUCCGAAUGUGGAUGCAAUGCUCUUGAAAGAUGCAGAAUCGUCAGAGAGUGAAAUCAAUAGGGCCACUGAUGACUGUAAUGUGAUUUUAGGUGUAUUCUUUCUCUUCCCAAAUCGUCUGUCAACGUCAGAUUUGGAACUAACCAGACGAGCGCUGGAAGCGAUGCAUUCCCUACUACCUGAAUAUCAGGAACAUCCUAUGCUUACCGUACAAAGAUGAGUUGAAAAGCGAGGUACAGACUUGCAUAAACGCCAGAGCAAUACCAAUUUUCUCGAAAAUGAUGUGGAUCUACAAGAGUUGAAAAGCGAGGUACAGACUUGCAUAAACGCCGGAGCAAUACCAAUUUUGCGACCAUGUACUUUAACAUUUGUAGAUUAA